AGCUGCUUGAAGCAAACACACACUUCACUGCAUUGGAGCUAGCCGUUUAAAGUAUACACAACCUCCACGUACUGUAUUCUACCAGCCAGCAAAAGAAAGCCACCUAUAUUAUACUGAUGACCUCGUUGCCACCACACACUACCCAGAGGACCUCGGAUUCCGCAUAUAGUUCGCCAAAAUAUGCUGUUUGGCCAUCGGUGGAAAGGCCCUCUACUGAUGCAGACCUCCCAGGUGUUGAGGUAUUAGCUCGCACUAUCAUCACUGUCACCAACUCACCCCAAACCUUUGACUGGGAUUAUGGGUUCAAGCUCAUCAUACCUCAGGGCUCCCUGCCAGCUGGUGUUGACAAGUGUCAACUAGUCAUCGUGGCCAGUGUAGCUGGACAGUACCAGUUUCCUGACAAUCUCCAGUUGGUCAGCGGUGUCUUCUGGAUACGUCCUCUUCCCUUGUGUCAAUUCCAACAGCAACUGACAGUCGAGAUACAGCACUGUGUCAAGAUAACCAGCUCCACCAAGCUCUCAUUUGUGAGAGCACAUUGCUCCCAGGAGAGUCUGCCCUACACAUUCAAUCACCUCAAAAGUCGUGGUUCAUUCACUGAGCACAGCUCGUACGGUUCACUGGAGCUGAACCACUUCAGUGGACUAGCUGUGGCAGGAGAGAAUGUGGAUGAUAAAUGGUACAUUGCCAGCCUUUAUUAUCAGCGAAGCGAUCCUCGGACAUUGGACAUCCAUUUCGUCAUCACAUGGGAUACUUGCACCCACAUCCAUGCAACUAAGAAGCACUUUAAAGAGAUUGGAGCAAAAGAAAGGUCACACUUGGAGGUAGAAUUCAUGAAAAACAAAAUAACUCUGGACAUUCCAAUGAACGGUGGUGUAACCAUUGGAGCGUGGGAUCUUAUACCAACCGUCACUCCAUGCAUAAGUCGGAGUACGGUGGAUGCAUUCCAACCUGGUAGAAAGAUUAGAUCUCGACGAUUGAAAGCUACCUUAACACGAGACCUUGGAGUGGAGGUCCCUGCUUGCUCCUACUUGGUCACCCUGGAUGGUGCUAAUGAACCAAACCAGAUGCAGAUUGAAAUCGAUAGAUACCUUCCUCGUAAAUCAAAGCAAUCUACUUCUGAUGUCUCAAUACCAAUGAACCAAGUUCCACCAAGUUGGACUUUAGUAGCACCCUCGGUCCCAAUUUUACCUCGGGCCCCAAUGCUCCAUUCGUCGACCCAGUGGAGGCAGCCUCUAUACCCUACACCAAAAUUCUCUUACGGGUACCCGUCGACCAAUCCUCCAUAUGCACCAGCUCCUUAUCAGCAGUUCCAAGAGUUUCCCCCGUCCCUCCUGUCAGUGGAGCAGUCCCACACUUCUCUCACUCGCUCCUCUGCUAUGCCCCCUCCACCCCCUCACUGGAAUACUUGGCUACAACAAUGGAGUCACACAGGUGCCUCAGCUAGUGGAGGGUGGAGUGAUGCACUGAACAUAGCUGGGCCAAGCUCUGGCUCACUACGAUCCAUGGGCAUCACUCUAGACCAACUAGUGAGCCGUGUUGGCAUUGACAAGGACCUGCUCGAUAAAGAAUGCUCCGAUGGCCACCUCAAAAGAAUAUCGUUUCGCCUUCCCGACUGGCUGACGUAUGCCAAUGCCCUGGGGUUCACUGAGCCAGAGACACGAGACAUAACAGAUAACCCUCAACUGUCAAACAGCACUCAUGCAAUGAAGGCUCUUAGAGUACUGGAGAAGUGGCAUCGGCGACACGCCUUCAAUGCAACCUAUCAUUAUCUCAUUAAUGUGUGUCUGGAGUUGGGUCAUGUUACCAUUGCUACGGAGAUUUGCAAAAUGGUCAAAGAGGGACCACCCCCCCCCCACCAUCAGUGGCGGAUCCAGGGGAGAUCCAAAGGAGAAAAGGAACCCCACUUUAACUCAAAGUGUUAGAAUUGAUUUUUAGCAAUCUAUACAGUCAUUUUACAGUCAUGUUUCACCUAUUCUA